UCAGACUCUCCAAAAAUAUCUCACAUCGAUCUUUAUCAUUCCAUACUCCUCCACCCAAUAAAUUUCAACCUUAUCAUUAAUUCUCAUCGUACUAUAAAUUAGAGCUCACUAUUUGCUUGCUUAGUCGUUACCUACUACUACACCUCUAGCAGCUAUGUACACAAGUUCGAAGAAGAUAAAAACCAUCUCCACGUCCCCAUUCUUCUCUGAGCUCCUCUCUUUCCUCUCUCCAAAGACGCGCGAAAGGCCAACAAGGCCGUUGCUGCUCCGGAACUUAUCGACUGCUGCUGAAUUCAGUAACGAUUUCUGGCAAGUCUUCCAAUACUUCGAUGAGAAUGGCGACGGAAAAGUAUCACCUUCUGAGCUUCGAAACGGCAUGAGAAACAUCGGCGAGGAGCUCUCUGCAGAGGAUGCAGAGGCGGUGCUGGCCUUAUCGGAUUCCGAUGGAGAUGGGUUCUUGAAGUUUGAGGAGUUCGUGGAGUUGGUGGAGGUUGAAGGAGAUGAAGAGAAGGGAGAAGAGCUGAAGGAGGCUUUUCAAGUGUAUGAAAUGGAGGGCAGAGGUUGUAUUACUCCCAAGAGCUUGAGGAGGGCGCUGGGGAUGUUGGGAGAAAAGAAGAGCAUCGAGGAGUGUAAGGUGAUGAUUCGGAGGUUUGAUUUGAACGGAGAUGGGGUUAUUAGCUUUGAUGAGUUUAGGGUUAUGAUGGUUUAAAUGGAGGAAGUACUAUUGGCUUUUGUCCAGUGAUUCGUAAAUAAAGAAAUGCAAAUGUAAAUUUGUUAUGUAAAUAUGUUAUAUAUGUAAAAAUGAGGGAUUCGUUUUU